UCCCAACUGCAUUCUUCUCCGGUGUCAGAGAAUUUUACUUUUAUUUCCUCGUCUGCUGUCAGCGAUGGCGUCUGGUGAUCUGAGAGCUGAGCUGGAAUGUUCCGUCUGUCUGAACAUUUAUACAGAUCCUGUAAACCUGAGAUGUGGACACAACUUCUGCCGGGUUUGUAUUGAUCGUGUGCUGGAUACACAGGAGGGGUCUGGAGGAUAUUCCUGUCCUGAAUGCAGAGAGAAGUUUCCGGAUCGGCCUGCACUGCAGAGGAACAUAACACUACGUAACAUAGUGGAGAAUUUCCUGUCUGCUCAGCCAGGUCAGGAGGAGUCCGGGGUCUUCUGUACUUACUGUGUGGACUCUCCUGCACCUGCUGUUAGAUCCUGUCUACACUGUGAGGUUUCUCUGUGUGAUAAACACCUGAGAGUUCACAAAAAGUCCCCAGAACACAUCUUAUGUGACCCCACCUUGUCCAUGGAGAGCAGGAAAUGCUCCGUCCAUAAGAAGAUCCUGGAGUAUUACUGCACUGAGGAUGAUACCUGUAUCUGUGUGUCUUGUUGUAUGAUUGGAGGACAUAAAGGACACGAGAUGGAGUCACUGGAUGAGGCUUCUGAGAAGAAGAAGGAGACACUGAGGAAUGUUCUGCAGAAACUUCUGACAAAGAGCAAGGAGACGGAGGAAAGAGUCCAGAGUCUGCAGGAACACAGGAGGAAAAUAGAAGAAGAAGCAGCUGGUGACACCGAGAGAGUCACUGUCCUUUUGAGAGAUAUCAGGAGACGUCUGGAAGACCUGGAGAAGAGAGUCCUGAGAGACAUUUCAGAGCAGGCAGAGCGGGUCUCCAUCUCUGUGACAGAUUUCAUCCGGGAACUGGAAAUAAAGAAGGAGGAGCUGUCCGGGAAGAUACAUCACAUUGAGGAGCUGUGUAACAUGACGGAUCCACUGACUGUCUUACAGGAAUCAGACACAGGUGACUUGUGUGAUACUGAGGAUGGAGAUAAUGAGGACAGAGAGAGACAUAAGAAGCUCCUCCAUGAUGGAGGGGGUCUGGAUGUGGCUGGGAUAUCACACACAUUACACACAUUAUCUGAUAUAAUAACAGAGGGAAAUGCAUAUAACUAUAUAGAGGGAGCUACAGACAUAUUACUGGAUGUAAACACAGCUCAGAAUUAUCUCCAUAUAUCAGAUGACAGGAAAACUGCAUCCAGGGCUUCCGAAAGUCAGAAUCGUCCAGAAACACCAGAGAGAUUUAAAUAUUCUCAGGUAAUGAGCAGUCAGAGUUUCUCCUCAGGGAGACAUUACUGGGAAGUGGGUGUUGGGGGAUACGGUGGAUGGAGAGUUGGGAUGUGUUACCCCAGUAUGGUGAGGAAAGGAUGGGAUUCAGGUAUUGGAAAUAAUAGAGAUUCCUGGAGUUUGGUCAGGGAGUAUGAUCAGUAUUCAGUCAGACAUGACAGUGUUAAGAUCCUCUUACCCACCAAUAUCCCCAGUAACAGAGUCAGGAUAUAUCUGGAUUAUGAGGCCGGGCGGAUCUCCUUUUAUGAACUGUGUCACCCGAUCCGACACCUCCACACCUUCACCACCACUUUCAAUGAGCCCCUCCAUGCCGUGCUAUGGGUAUGGGGAACUUGUAUAGUAAAGAUAUGUGGGUAAAUUGAGAAUGUUGCCUAGAGACUGGUGACAUCAAUGGGAAAGGGGGGAUGAGAUUGGUGAAUUUUUUUUUCAUUGGGACACUAAG